UUGCACACAGGCCACGACUGGCGUACAUUCCUGUGCUGGUUCGAGAAUUAAAUUGUGACUGCACAAUCUAUCAUGAUGUCUGUACGGUCUUUCUUUGCCGUCGCGCUUGCACUCCCACUUGCGCUGGCCCACCAGCACCACAUCCGCUCGGACCCCAGUACGCUGGCGCAGACACCUCUCGCCAUCAAUGGCAUUCCACCGUCGACCCGCGCCCAUUGGAUGCGCAAAGCCAACGAAGCACUACAAGAUGUCCACGGCGACCCCUGUCCGUUCGGGGCAUUUGGCGCCGUAAUAGUAAACCACACAGCGCCUGGGCUCGGAGAGCUAGUCUGCAUCGGCGCGAACUCGAACCGCCAAAAGGGCGAUCCGACGCUGCACGGCGAAAUCGCCGCCAUCCAAAACUGCUCCGCCGUCCUCACAUCCCCCUGGGGACCGUACAACUUGAGCACCACCGCCGCGCUGGCGGCUUUCACCCAGCUCUCGCUCUACACGAACGCGGAGUCAUGCCCCAUGUGUGCGUCUGCGAUCCGCUGGGCGGGCUUCAAAGAGUAUGUUUACGGCACCAGCAUCGACACGCUGGUCGAGAAGGGCUGGGGCCAGAUCCGGAUUAGUUCGAUGGAGGUGUUCCGGGAGAGUUAUGAUCUGGGGACGGCGACGAAGUUGAUUGGGGAGGUGCUGACGAACGAGACGGAUGUUUAUUUUGGGUGGCAGUAUGAUUUGGAGGCGGAGUGUCCGGAGGGGUGUGGGAGGGUGGGAAGCAGCUGUCAGGCGGGGGAUGAGUAG